UGGCGCCUUUGGCGGGAGCCUCGUGCGCGGGGAAAGGGAGCUUCUGGGUCGCGAGGAAGCCGCGGAGGGCCGGUCGGCGGGAGGGGAGGCGUCAGGCCUCGGCCGUUGUCUCCCGGCAAGUCUCCCUCGUCCUCCCCAAACGAGAGGAGCCCCCUUAGGUUAAAAGCCAGGGUCCCCCGUGUGUGGGUGUUAAUGGUGGUGGGUGGGAGGACGAUAAUAAUAGUAAUAAUACCAUUUUUGUGUGUUGGGCUUUGGCCAAGCGAGGUUUUCAUCUCGGCUGAAGGAUUUAAAGACAAAAAUCAGUCUCCAUCGUAUAAUUAGAUUUAAAAAGUCGUAAACACAACUCCUAAAAUCUGGCUUGGUGGUACUUAAGUUAUUUAAUUGUUAAAAUAUGGCAGCCGCUCAAUAGGCAACACUCUUGGGAGGGAAGUGCCUUGCAUUUUUAGUGUGGGCUCUUUUAAUUUAAAUUGGAUUCUCCUGGUUUCCCUCUAGCUGCCUGCUCUGGCUUCCCCAGCUUCCUUUGUUUUAUUUUCAUGUCAUUCCCUUUUUUAAUAUUUUAUUUCCCUGAUUUCCCAAUUAGCCUUCUGCUCUGGAUUCCCUGGGGAUUUCACCAGUUCCAGUUCUGGGUAGCACUUCAGCCUCCCUCCCCACCCAGUUCUGAACAGCUCUUCAAAAUUACUUCAGGAAUAUUUUCAUUUGGCGAAAGCAGUUUGAUUGAUGAUCUGUUGCAUUUUCAGAGGUGCAGAUAAAGCUUGUAAUUCUCCUUAGAUGAAAAAAAAUCAUUGGAAUUAAAAAUGAUUGAAGUCUUAAUACUGAAGAUUGAAAAUCCAGAUUGCUUUUGGGUCUGCAUAAUAGGAGGCAGAAAAUUUAUAGACAAUGAAAUGGAAUAUAAAACACUUCAGACUGAAAUGAAUCAAUUCUAUAACAAAUAUUAUCGAUGUGUGGAUGCCAAGCCCUGUGCACUAGAAGAGGGACAGGUUUGCGCUGUUUACUAUGAGGAACUGAAAUCUUGGUGCAGAGCUGUUGUUAAUUCAAUCAUAUCAUACACGGAUUAUUACAUUGCGGAAUGUUUCCUUGUGGACUAUGCCAAAACUGUUCCUGUAAAGACUGAAAAGAUCUGUGUGGUCUUAAAAUCAUUUAUGAGACUGCCUUAUAGAGCUAAAAAGCUUAGGUUGUACUGUGUCAAACCACUAACACUACGUGUCAACUACUACAAUGACAAUGCAGAGAUAGUGCCUGCUAGCAAAUGGGACAUUGCAGCUGUCCAGUACUUCCAAAACCUCCUGAAUGCAGCCACUCAAGUGGAGGCCAAAUUAUGUGCUGUUGAAGAGGAUAAUUUUGCUGUCUAUCUUUAUGUCACAAUAAGUGGUGAAAAGGUGUGUGUGAACGAUGAUCUUGUUGCCAAGAACUUUGCCUGCUAUGAACUCGGUAAAGCAAACCAGAAAAGAGUAUCGGAAUCUCUUUCAGAGGAGAAGAAUCCUGUACUGCUUCUGUGGCCAGCGUUACUGCGGGAGUCUAAGAUUUCAGAGAUGUGUGCUGCUCUAAUUUGUGAUGAUUCUGAGAAAGCAGAGUUUAAGCAUUUGCCAGAAACUAACUUACAUAAUACAAAACCGUCUGAUGUAGUGGUGCCUGUUUCCCCUUUGAAGCAAGGAAUAACUUUUUCUGUACCAACAGACCUGCAAACGGUCAGCAACUUACCUAAGACAAGCACCAAAAUCCAGGAAGUGGAAAAUGGUCUCUACGAGAAGAACCUUGGGACAAAGCUUCUACAGUUUUUAAACCCUGAUUCUCUGAAAAUGGCCACCGGACAAGAAACAGAGGAGCUUAAGCUGAAUAUCACUACAUGUCUUCCUGUUGUGCUGAGCAAUAAAAUCGAACCAUGUCCAUCCCUUGAAACCGCACCACUGUUUCCAGCUUUAAAAAAGGAACUUUUAAGAAAUCAGUUCCAAGGACCUAGUCACGUACAGUCUUAUUCCUGGCCUGCAAUAGCCCGUGGAUAUGAUUCACUUAUUAUCUCUUCUGAAAGUAAUCCACUUUCAUAUCUUCUGCCCAUCAUUACAUUUUUGCAAUCAAGAAAUUGCUACAUAUCCUUAUCAGCUAGACACGGUCCAGUAGCAUUAAUCAUAUGUCCUGGCCAGAAGAAAGCAGAACUGGUAUUUGAGCUCCUGAAAAAGUACACCCAUUGCUCCCGGCCUCUCCACCCGAUGUUGCUUUUUCUGGGAAUGAAUAAGGAAGAAAUCAAGAAUGUAAGAAUUUCAAGAGGAUGUGAAAUCAUUGUAACAACCCCACUUAGCUUUUUGCGGCUGCUUGAGCAUCACAGUUUAGUCUUCCUUAGGUUGUGUCAUCUGGUGUUUGAUGAGGUUGAUGUAUUAUUCUCAGAAGCUAAAGAUCAGAUACUUAGCAUUUUAGAAUACUAUAAAUCUAUCCUGAGUGUUGAAGAAAAGGAGUUUUCACCGCAGCAGAUUGUUGCUGUUGGAAACCACUGGGACAAAAACGUAGAGAUUUUAUCAAAAGAAUUUAUGAACGAUCCAUAUAUUGUAAUUACCUCCAUGGAAGAAGCUGCCAUAUAUGGGAAAGUGCAACAGGUUGUGCAGCUGUGUCUUGAGUGUGACAGGAUCUCCACUUUACUUCAGACAUUAGACUUUACCCCGACAGAUGCUCAAAAGACUCUGAUUUUUACAAGUUCUCUAGAAGAAAGAGACAUGGUAUACAAGGCGGUAGAGAGCAUUUCACUCUUUUGCUUGAAAAUAAACCCAGGAGUUGGAUUUCAUUCUGAUUAUAUUGCUGAGCAGUGGAACAAAACCAUCAGCCCUGGCACCCAUGUUGUAUUGGUUUUAACGGAUGACUGCAUGGCAGCUGUAAGAUUUACAGACGCAACACGUGUCGUUCAUUUCAGCUUUCCUCCAACUCCAAGAAUCUUUGGUGCCCGUCUACACGGCCUGUCCGUUAACUUCCAGAAUCCAGUAAAGAAGAGUCCAUCACUGGGAAAAGAACAGAGCAAAGCCAAAUCCAUCUUGCUGUUGACAGAGAAAAACGCCCGCCACGCCGUUGGAGUGUUGCAUUAUUUGAAACGGGCAGACGCCUUCAUCCCCCCCGACUUGUACAACUUUACCCGGGGAAUCUUGGAAGCCAAAGAGGAAAAGAGAAGCGGGCAGCCAAUUUGUCAUUCCAUUAAGGCCUAUGGAAUAUGCAAAAAUAGAAACCGCUGUCCAGAUCGCCAUCGCAUUAACCUUCAGACUGACAUGCCCUCAAAAAUAGCCGAUGAAGCUCUGCAAGCAGGUGGAGUUAUAACAAUACUGCCUCUUUUUAUCGUGGAUGCCACAAACUACUUCGGCCGCCUGGUAGGGAAGUGGGGUCAUUCCUACACAGCUCUUGAAACGGCGAUAAAGGAUUACUAUCAGGAAUCUAGCAAGCGGACCUCGGUUGACAAAGUGGAGAAGCUGGCAAUCUACGGACUGCGGGAAGAAAAGUCUUUCCAUAGGGUUCAAGUGCUGGACAUUGGACAAAAAGAAGACCCCGGUGUGUUUUACAACGUUCACAUCAAGUACAUAGAUGAAGGCAGAACUGGCUAUGUUCAAAAUUAUAACUUGCUAAGUUUACCGGAACAGUUUCGAGCGUUGCCUCCUCAGGCUGUGGAGUUCAUAGUUUGUAGGGUUAAACCCAUCGAUAAUGAAGCAGAAUGGAAUCCAAAAGUGUCUAGAUACAUUAAUGACAAAAUCAGAGGGAAACCACAUGAAGCAAAAAUAGCACUUAUCCUGGGAAAUACAAUUUGGGUAGAUCCAGUGAUUCGAAUCACUAAACUUCAAGACCUGAAAACUUCCAUCAACGAAUAUAAUAUCCGCUCUGAAAUCCUAUCUACUGGAUUGGGAGUAGACAAUCCUGAGCAUAUACAGGAACUUAAGAAAUUAUUUAAUGAGGCUGAAAUACCCCAUGAGAAAAAAGAUAAGCCUGCAUUAGUACCUCCCCCCACGGAUGGGAGAAAGGAGAAGGCCGAACCUGCUGAACAGAAAGUCUCAGAUCCUGCAACUCUUAUCUCGGAGACCUCAAACAAACAAGCCCUACCCAUUGUACAGAAAUCGCCACAGAGCCAAGAUACUAUCGAUGAUGAUGAUUCUCAAGUCUCUUUAGAAAACCAUUGUAAUGAAGCGGUGCAAAAGAAGAACACGGAAGAUGUUCCACAGACUUUGCCUAAACGCUUCCAUCCAACAAUAAAAUGGUUUGACAAGGAAGAUGUUGUUGUUGUAAAGAUAAAAUUGCAAAACAUUCGUAAUUAUGACUGCAGGAUUUUUGAACAGAGGAUCACUUUCAGUGCUUUGGCAAAUGGCAAAUUUUAUUUCGCCGAUAUGGAGCUGCAGAGAAGUAUCCUUAGAGAGAAAUCAACUUGUGUACUUAAGGGCGAUGAGCCCACCAUUCUCCUUGUAAAAGUGAAGAAGGAACCUUGGUACAACUUGUUAAAACAGAAGAAUCAUCAUGUAUCUUUUGACUUUGAUUAUUUGGAUGAUAAUGAGGAAAGAAGCCCGUUCGGUGUAGGAUCAAGUCUUAAGAAAGAGUAUCAGAUUCCUAUAGGGGUGUGUGAAGAGGAAGAGGAGGAGGAGGAAUCUUCAAAAGACAGUGAUUCAGAGAGUGAUUUAUCCUCUUGUUAAUUAUAUUUUGGGCUUUAGUUUUUGAUCCCCUACAAGUUUAAAGUAUCUAAAAUAGAUAGUACAAAACCCUUUGCAAGUGCAUCAGGUGGCUUUUACAUAGUGAUGCAAUCUCAGCAUUUUAUUAAAUUUUGAUGACCCAGAUGUUGAAAACAGAACUUCUGCGGGGUGCCACAUUUGUGCAAUAAUUUGCACAAUUAUUGACAGUUAUAAUUCUAAACAUGCUCGUUGCAAAUGAAUAUUAACAAAUUUGGGUGAAAUUUAAUUUGAUACACGAAUUGAUAGUUACAUCAAAUGUAACGAUUAGACUAGGAUAGGUACGCUAUUGGAAAUUCCUUUUAAGUUGCAGUUAUAUCAAAAUACUUCACAAGGAAAGCAUGUUUUUUAAUUUUGCUUUUUUUAAAAAAAACAAUAUAAUCUGAGAUAUUUUUGUAAUGCUAUAUGGUGCUAACGGGAUAAGCUGAGCAUUUGUUGUAAACUGGCUCUUAAGGAAAUUAAAAUGCUGAGAUAGUUUAUUCUUUGUGAGGGAUAAAGCAGUAAUAUAACAUUGCAAAAGAAAAACGUUUGAUUCUUUUUCAUAAUAUUAAAUGUGGUGUUUUUGUUUUGGAAAAUGUUCACAUACUUGGUUUUGCUUUCAAGCGUAUAGCUUUGUUAUGACAUUGCAAUAUACCAGCUGUGUCAAUCAAAACAUCCCAUAUUUCUUCCUCGAGCAGAAGAAAGUAAAUCACAUAAUUUCUUGGAAUGUUAACCUAGAAAAUCUGAAAUGUCAAUACAGAAAACCUGUAAUUAUAGACACAACUUAUACAGAAUAUUAAAUUGCAAAAUGUUAUUGACACAGAGGGCUCUGUUAUAUGGUUGUGAGUUAAGGGCAAAGGUUUUUUUAUUGUAGUCAGGAGUUCUUCACACUCACAUUCAUUAUAAGGAUGUUUCUCAACCCCAGCAAAUUUAAGAUGUCUGGACUUCAACUCCCAGAAUUCCUCAGCCAGCAAAGUUUUCAAAGUUUAGACAUUGUGUUAGAAAUAUAUAAGCCAGGUCUGAAAAUCUACAGUUACUGUACAAUCCAGUUCCUCUAGUUCCAUAGCUAUGCAAAGUUGAUCAAAGUAACAAAGGAAGUACAUGUCUGCAAACAAUCUUAAGUUUAAGUUGAUCCUUCUCUGCAUUAAUAUUGGUCUUGUUAACUGUUAGUUGUCUUUCUGAGAAAAAGAAGUGUUCAUUAAAAUUUAAAAUGAAUAACAUCUGUUUUGUAACACCUUUCACUAUUUGUGGCUUGAAACUACUUUAGAGGCAAAAUUGUCCUAGAGCAGUGGUGGCGAACCUAUGGCACACGUGCCAGAGGCAACACUUGGCGCCCUCUCUGUGGGCACACGUGCCGUCGUCCCAGCCCUGCCUCCUCCCAUGGCCCCCUCCUCACCAGCA